AUGGGAGUGGUAAGAAUUGGUUGGGAGGUCAUGCUCCUCGUGGCCUCACACUUGGCGCAACUACAAGAGGAAGCAUUCUCCUUGAAUUGUAUUCAAGCAGUAUCAGCACACGUUACUGCUGGCGGGGAUAAGCUGACAAAAGUAUGUAUCUAUCGGAGACCAGCAACAGAGAAGGGCAAAAGUGCUCAACUGGUACGAUACCUGCAAGAUUUGGUAACGAAGAAUGCUCGGAUGCUGAUGGUAAGGACUUCAUUUCCCCAGAAAUCGAUUGGACCAUCGGGGUAUCGUCAAGAUGGAUAUUUGGGGACAAACUAA